AUGAACAUCCUUGUAUUGCUGUUCUUCGUUUUUUUCCUACCCCUCGUUGCACUGUUAGUCUGGUUUGCACUAUCCAGCUGCCUCGGCGACAAUGUUCGAGCUCGAAUUGGAGGUACCACCAUCAACCCGAGGCACGGUGCGUACGGCCGAACAUACGCAAGGAACCUCCCCUCAUAUCCUGGAGCCGCGGGUUCUGAGGCCAUCGAAAUGGAAGACAUGCUACACAACGACAAGUGGGGACCUAACGACUCGGACGAUGAGCCUUGA